AUGAAGAUCGUAUGGGAUCAUAUGGGUAUGGGUGGAUACAGCAUUCUCCAGGCAGUAGAAGAUCUGGGCUGGAAGGAGGGCGUAUAUCGGGCAGACUACGACCUGUGGGCCGUACAGAAUCACUUCGACGUGGACGGUAGCAAGCAUACCACUACUUUUAUAUUUACUAGCCUGACCAGAGGUGAUAUAGAUGCUGAUAGUCCUCUUGGUACGCUUGCUGCCCUGCACAACCAGACCGGACGCAGGCCCUGGGUGCUAUGUCCCUACCUCUUCCAGGAGCUCGGCUCCACUACCAAGUGGAGUACAACAUUUGCACAGCUGGUCAUCAGGCCUAUUCUUCAGAAUAUCAUGAUACGACGUACUAUAACCAUCGAGGAGCUGCUAUUUUCCAGGUACUGGACUGCCGCCCUCCUCAUUCUUUACAGAGGAGGUGUCCAUGAACCCCUGAGGCGGGAUAAGCUACCCACAGACCGCAAUGAGCUCGUAAAGGAGCUCAUCCGACCACCCUCUAAUGUCUGA